CGACUGGUGUGCCUGCCUGAAUGCCGGCUCCGGGGGAAGAGGGUGAUGCGAAUGACAGCUGCUGGAUGUAUUCGGUGGCUACUGGCGGACCCUCCCGGCCAUGCAAUGCACAAGCAGGGCGGUUCAGAGGGUGUUGUCAGUAGGCUGGGCUGCUACAGGACGUCUUGACCUGCGGGUACGGAAUACGGGCGCCACAACUCUUGUCGAAGGUGAGUAUUGCGCUUUACACUUGCGCAAGACUCAUCGAAAGUCUGGAGAGAGAGGGGAAUACAGAUCUCAUCGUGGCGCUGUCGAGUGCGGACGCCCUGCGCAGCGCCCCCUAAACGCCUCUCGCAACGGGGAAAGCAAACACGUGUUACGGCUUUGGGCCAAUCUUAGCGAUAGCCAGAACGGUUGCCUUCUUUUUCUCCCCCUGUCUCUUUGUUUGCUUCUCGAACCCAGCUUCAGGGCUCAGUCAGCCGUGCUUCACAGCGACAUUACCUGUCGCCCGGUCACGUCGACACAAGUGAAGGGCAGUGAGGAAGAAAGGAACCGAGGAACCGGCCCCGGGAUCAUAGGUAGAUAGUCUCCCCCAGCUUUCCGCAUGUGCUCGGGCAGUGUUGCUACUAAAAAGGAAGAGGAAGAGGCGGAUAGAGGCCGGCGGUUUCUCGGGCUGCCGUGCACCCUGUUUCCAUAUUCUGCCACAU